UGCAAUUAACCAACAACACGAGUAGCUAGCCACCAUGGCUUCCUCCUCCUCCUCCAAUCAUAGCUUUCUCCUACUGCUUUUCCCUCUCUUGCUGCUCCUCUCAAUGGUCGUCGUCAAUUCUGGUAGUGCGCCAACCACAACCCCUGCAACUAUGGCAGAAAAGUGCCAGGACUGGUGCCGAGUAGCAUCAGAUUCUCCAUCAUGCAUCAAGGUGAUUGGGUCCAUCCCAGGGAUCCAGGAGGUUGAUAUCAAUAACGCCGGCAAGAUCGCCGAGUUGUGCCUGCAUUUUGCUGCCAAUAAGACAACAGAGGCCAAGGGAGCUGCUGACACCUUGCUUGUUGCUGCGAAGGGCAAGCCUUCCAGUUGCCUUGAGGCCUGCGCCACCAACAUCAAGUCAAUGGCCGAUGUGUUGGUCAAUCUCCCUUCUGGGCAGGACGACAUGAACCCCUACUUCACCUUUAUUAAGGGUGUGAGAGCCAAGUUCAAACACGAGAGACCACCAGCCUGCGAGAAGAACUGCUGGAACAAGACGUCGUCAUCGUCUUCAGCUGACGAGACCAGCAUCGUGGACAAGUUUCAUGAUAUCUGGACUGUGGUGAAAGUUGCAAAUAUGCAGAUAAAUUAUGUCGUCCCUUGGCCAGAGAGCGAUAACGGCGAUAACCUCCUUUAGUUAGUAUUUGUUUUUGACCCUGUUCGUAUUUUUUCUCUCAUAAUAAAUCAGCGAACAGUACUUUCAGACAUGGUUUUUCAGCAAUGUCUAAUCCAGGUUGUGACAUCACUAUGACCUGGUCCAUCUGGACAAUUCAGAGUGAUAUCAUCUUCAGGAAUAUACUGGCUUGGAUCUAACGCUGCACAUCCAUCUUCAAAGAAGAGUUUGCUCUAGUUAUUCUAAGAGCACAAGGAAAUAUCAACCUCAAAUAGAUUUAUGCAUAGCUACAAGCUUAUAUGUAUUUUUCCUUGUUUUCUUUGUUUCCUUUUUUGCUUCUUGAAACUUUGUAUUAGUUUUGCCCUAUUUAUAAUAAAGCACGGUAAGGGACCCACCACUCCUGUUUUCAUAAAAAGAAGUAAAAAACUAUUGUUGUGACA